GCCGCCAUUGUUCGGCUGGCGGCUAGUCGACAGGUCUCUGUGGCGUUAGCGGCCCUUGGGUUUAGGGUCGCCUGGGACGUCUGUCCUCAACCUGUCGGUCCAGGAUGGACACCGAGGAAGAAGCGGCAGCACUGACUAUGUCUAAGGGGCCGCCGGCGGAACGGCUUCAGGAGCCGGUGACCUUCCGGGACGUGGCUGUGGACUUCACCCAGGAGGAGUGGGGGCAUCUGGGCCCUGCCCAGAGGAUCCUAUACCGUGAUGUGAUGCUGGAGACCUUUGGGCACCUGUUGUCUGUGGGGCCUGAGCUUCCCAAACCUGAAGUCAUUUCCCAGCUGGAGCAAGGGGCUGAGCUGUGGGUGGCGGACAGAGGACUUGUCCAGGGCUCUUGUCCAGUGUGGGAGUCUGGACCUGAAGGCCAAGUGUCACCCAAGGAGGGCCUUCCUGAGGAGAUGCCAUCCGUUGUCAUGGAAAAGGAUGGCUUCCUGAGAGAUGCUCCCUGUCCCACCACACUCAAGGAAGAUUGGGAGUGUGAGGGCCAGGUACAGGUGCCGGAGAAGAACCAGGAUGAUUUGAGGCAAUUGGAAUUUAGCCUCGAGGAAGCAUCAGUUCACGAUAGAAGCUACCAAAGUCUCAGUCUUGGGGAAAACUAUGUCCUGAGUUCAAACCUACAUCCACUUCCAGAAAUUUCUAGGAAAGAGUAUUUCUGUACUGACUCACAGGUUACCAGCCCAGAACAUAACUCAAGCUUAGUUAGUCAGCAGUCAGGCUCUGCAGGAAUGGAGCCAUGUGACAGCAGUGACUAUAGCAAAGCGUCCAGUCAGGCUGUGUCAGUUACGGAAUUUACACAAAGCCAAGCACAGGAUAAACCCUACAAGUGUGUGGACUGCGGGAAGUCGUUUAACCAUAAUGCGCACCUCACAGUGCAUAAGAGGAUCCACACAGGAGAGAGACCUUAUAUGUGCAAAGAGUGUGGGAAAGCCUUUAGCCAGAACUCCUCCCUGGUUCAACACGAGCGAAUCCACACGGGAGACAAGCCCUAUAAAUGUGCCGAGUGUGGGAAGUCUUUCUGCCAUAGCACCCACCUCACUGUCCAUCGAAGAAUCCACACUGGAGAGAAACCCUAUGAGUGUCAGGACUGCGGGAGGGCCUUCAACCAGAAUUCAUCCCUGGGACGGCACAAGCGGACGCACACCGGUGAGAAGCCGUACACCUGCAGUGUGUGUGGGAAAUCCUUCUCGCGGACCACGUGCCUGUUCCUGCAUCUGAGGACUCAUACUGAGGAGAGGCCCUACGAGUGUAACCACUGUGGGAAGGGCUUCAGGCACAGCUCCUCCCUGGCACAGCAUCAACGAAAGCAUGCCGGGGAGAAACCCUACGAGUGCCGCCAAAGGCUCAUCUUCGGGCAGACGCCAGCCCUGACCAAGCAGGAGUGGGUGGGAGCCCUGGACUGUGACCCAGCUUUGAAUCCAGAGGAGAGGGCUCACCGGAGUGACAGGCCCUUUAAGUGUAGCCAUUGUGGGAAGUGUUUCAGUCAGAGCUCACACCUCAUCCGACACCAGGUCACUCACACCAGAGAGGAGCCCCGUGGACGGAGCAGACGGCGGCGCGAGCAGCCCCGUGGACGGAGCUCACACGUGGGUCGACAUCAGCAGACACACUCAGGCGAGAACCCUGGGGGUGGGACAAAGGCAGCACAGCCUGCAAGCAGGACACUUGCCUUGUUUGACAUCCAUGAGAUCAUUCAAGAGAAGAACCCGGUGCGUGUCAUCGGGGUGGAGGAGCCUCCUGUGGACUCUUCUGUGCUGUUUGACAUCAGAGAAUCCUCAUAAGAGGAUAAACUCUACAGAGGACUUUGGAACCCCAGGCACAAAAAUGUGGUAAGUCCACAUAGUGCACUUACAGAAAGGGGGCUGGGGGUACAAAUGCCAAGGUCACCUCUGAUUUCCUGAGGAAAUGGUGCUUCCCGAACACCUAACAUUGAUGGUCCCCAGAUCCGUCGAGCCCAAUGCCCCCUUUAACCACAGGUAUUUUGUAUUGUUCCUUCUAUUAUGCCGAAAGGAACUCAUGGGUUACAUGACCUACGCACAUGUGAAUGUCAAAAAAUAGAUAUAUGGCCCCAUUUUGUAUACGAUGAUUAAAAUGAAAAGAGUUCAUGACAGAGUAAUGUUUCUGGCUUGGUCUGGUAUCUCUCCAUGUGACUGGUGGGCCAUUACACCCAGAAACCUAAGGCAUUACCUGUUUGAUGUCUGGUGCAGGGGUGAUGGUGUUGGCCGUGGAUAUAUUGUCAGGGCCGUUCCUGUAUGGGAUGUGAUUUUCCAGAGUGGUGACUCUUAGGAAGUUUUGAACAACACAAAAUGCCGUUGUGCAUUUCUGGAAAGUUUGUAUAAAAUUCUAAGCAUGCAGGAAUUAAUUUGUGUUUAUAUGUGAAGUGGACUUAGGAUUCUGAAGGACCUUUAAAGGAUAUGGACAGGUUGUUUCACACAUACAUACCUGCUCUCCAGGGGCCAGUUUUGCUCUUCACAGUCAUUAGAGAUGCUUGGUCCCCACCCAGGUUAGCCACACUCAUGCCCAAAUUGGAACAAGCCUCCUUGAAAUUCUACAGCCUUCCUUGGGAGUGUCACAGCCCCUAUAGAUGACUAUUGCCUCUACGGUUCUGAAUAGCCAGUGUUGCUAUAAGCUGGAGGUUCUCGAUUGGUGGUUUUGGCCACCAUGAAACAUUUGGUGAUGUCUGGAGACAUUUUUGGUUGUCAUGACUUGCAGAAAGGAGGGGUACUGCUGGCAUCUAGUGGGUAGAGGCCAGAAAUAAUGAACAUACUACAAUGCCCAUGAUAGUCCCCUCCUCAAAGAAGCAUCUGGCCCUACACAUGCUGUGAUAGAGAAACCGUGCCCAGCGCUCCAGCCACUUUUGUCCAAAUUCUGUAUAUUGAUCCGAUCAGACCUAUAUUAACAAUCUUAUACUUCUGAUUUUAAGAAUGUUAUCAUUAGUUUAUACGCAAUGUGUUUUUCAGUAAUUUUUUCAGAUUUGUAGCAUUCAUAAUUGUCAUGAAGAAAGGAAGAGAAUCUGCUUGUUUUUCUGAGUCGUCUAAAUGUUAGCAUUUUAUUGUGGACAUGGUGAAACAUGGUUAAUAAAUUUCACUGGUACUCUAUCUGCGACAGGAUAAUUUUCACAUUAGUCCCAGAAAUCACGUUAUUUUACUAAUUUUAGUGACUUUAUCUUUCCGUAUAUAUGUAUCUAUAUUCAGAAAAAUGAGGACUUUCAAAUAUAUAUGAAACCAUGUCGGUCCGUGGGGGCAAAACCGUUUUCGUAAUCGUCUCGAUGCAUCGUUAGCCUCUUCACCACGCUGAUGUGCGUACUGAGGGCACAAAGCGGUGGUGGGUGAGACUGCAGAGGGCCUGCGUGCGAAUUAGGGCAGGGGCCCCAGCGGUGGUGUUCGUGCUCCUCCUGACCAGGCAUUUAAGAAAGAAAAAACAAUGUUCACUUCACCUACGAAUGUCUGUGAUGGAGCAGGAAAAGUUGUUAAUUUUAUUAAAUCUCCAUAAAACUAUAUUGCCAUUAUUACACUUGAACUGAAAUAACUGAUUCCUCAGGACACCAUGCUCAGAUGUUCUUUGUUCCCUCAUAAAUGUUUUGUUUUUUUGUUUGGUUCUAAUCACGAUCUAAAUAAGAUUCGCACAGUGCAUUUGAUUAAUAUUUUUCUUAGGUCUAUUUAUCUAUAGGUUUCCCUUCUUUUUUAGUCUUUUGUUUGUUGGUGAAGAAAAAACAACAGAAUAACCUACAUUUUGUCCCCAAGCUGACCCAGCCCACCAGACUCUCCUUGCUUUAGCCUGGUGGGCCAAAGUGGCAGCUCCCAAAGGAGCUGAGUAGGUGCUGAAUCCUCCGAGUAGACGCUGGGUGGGCUGAGGUCAUGACAGCCUCCCUGGGUUGGCUGGGAGCAAGCUUGUCGCUGCAGCAGAGAUCUUUUGCAAAUUGUCCAUGCCUCAUUUUAGGUCACAUUUUCUAGGCAUAAUAUUCCCACUUAUUUCCUUACAAAUAUUAAAUAACUGCUCAGGGGAAAUUACUAUAAAAUAGAGAAAAUACUUCAUUUUCUCAGUUUAUAAAAGUAAUGCAAAUUCUUUGUAACACAACUUGGAAGAUGCAUUAAAGUAAAAGAAUACACAAAAAUAUGAAGAUUAACUUAAAAUUUAAUUCCUCAUACUUCUACCAUCUAGAAAUGUUCAUUACCACUAAGUUUGUUAGCUUUCCUUUGUAAUUUUUUUCUUAAAGAUAUAUGUGCGUGUAUAUACAUAUUUUUUAUACUACGUCUUAUGCACAUAAACAUGUAGUUAUUUUGUAUUUAGAAAAUUGAAAUCCUUUCUAAUUCUCUUGUAGAUGUAGACACAUAUUGCUUACUGUAUUUUGAGCAUUCUCCUCUAACAAUGGAUUUCGUGUCAUUUUUAAAAUUAUCUUUUAGGAGAAUUGUAGCAAUGUGACUUCAGUGAACAUUUUACCAGCCUUGACUCUUAUCCAAAAGAGGGAAGAGGGUUUCCUACACAGUGUGAAUUGAUACAGCAUCUUUGGAGGGCUGUUCAUUUGCCAUCUAAAUUUCAAAUACUCAGCAAACCCAUUGCUGAGACUGAAUUCCACAGGCAUAUUUAUUUGUAUGUGUGCAGCUGUUUGUACAUGGUCUUCACUAUGGUAUUUAUUUCAAAAGUAAAAAUUUGGAAAUAACCUCAGUGUCCACCAUGGGGAACUUGCUAAGUGAUUUAUGGUGGAACACAGAACUAUACAGCCUUAAAUAUAGGGACUGUUUUUAUGUACUAAUGUGGGAAAGAGCUCCAAGAUAACAUUAGGUGAAAAGAUGUAAAACUUGUAUAUGGUGUGUUUCCAUCUUUGUAAAGAGGAAGUGUUUGCAUACACACACACACACACACACACACACACACACAUGCUUUGAAAGAUAAAAAGAAAGCAGGCCCACUAGUUGCUCUUGGGGAGGAGAAAUGAGGGGAAUGGGAUGAGGAAUAACUUCCAUUCUACGUCUUUUGAUAUUUUUUGAAUUUUGAAAUAAGAAUUACCCGUUCAAAAAAUAAAGAAUCUCAACUCUUUCAAAUUAAA